UGCGGGUUUACAUCAACAUGAGUGUCAUGUAGGGUUUCUGCGCCGUUUGUUUACAAACUCUUGAACCUUUUGACUUGACAGGGAUUUUUCUGACGCUACGUCAACAGAGGUGGAAUGCGCGCGUGCCAAUAGAUGUUAAUAAGAUACGAUAGACGCGCUGUUCAGAAGUGAGUCGCGCGGCUUCUAGUCGGUGGACGCUGACUGAAAACUUGCUUGUGUGAUGCCAGUUGUUUUAUCCCACUAAAGAAGAGGAAUAUUUGUUAAAAGCAGCAAGGAUUUAUUUGUCCUGUGCACCACAGUGUCAAAACUUAGUUUCAAUCGUGUCUCAGCGGUACAUUUAAAAAGUUUUCAUGCUUUUCUCGAUCAUUGCUGGAUAUGAUGCCAGUUCAAAGAUUCGCCGACAAACCAGGGACACAUCGUUGGAACAGUUCCAGGUAGAUUUGACCUGUUUGUGGAUCUAAAUCCCUGGAUGAUGCCCUCAGUGCAAAAACACGUCCUAUUGUUAUUGUUUGUCCUCAAUACGACUCUCAUUCCUCUGCAACUAAGGGUGGAUGGCAACCCUUUAGUCAUGGAUCCCAAUAGUAUCUGCCGUAAGACUAGAACUUUGGGAAGCAGACAUGCCGACCUGUGCCAGUCUCAGCCUGAGAUCGUUCAAGAAGUGGCAAAAGGUGCCCAGUUGGGCAUACGAGAAUGCCAACAUCAGUUCCGCAACCGUCGCUGGAACUGCACCAGCCAGAGCAGAAACCUGGCCAAGAUCCUGCAACAAGAUAUCCGGGAAACUGCAUUUUUGUAUGCCAUCACAGCUGCUGGGGUGAUGCAUGCAGUAACACAAGCCUGCAGCCAGGGGGCGCUGCCACAAUGCGGUUGUGUGACCCUUCAGAGUUCCUCUCAAACUCACCAGGACUUCCAGGCAGAGGAGGUACCUAUCCAGGCUUCACCUGUCCAAAAUGGGCGCUGGGAAUGGGGAGGCUGUGGAGAUGAUGUGGACUUUGGCAAUGAUAAGUCUCGUCAGUUCAUGGACACCAGGCAGAGAAAAGGCAAGAGUGACAUCAGGACCCUUAUUGACCUGCACAACAAUGAGGCAGGAAGACUGGCCAUACAGAUACAGAUGCGAACAGAGUGUAAAUGUCAUGGCCUUUCUGGUUCCUGCACUCUUCGCAGCUGCUGGAGGAAGAUGCCUCUCUUCCGCCAGGUCGGCGACUACCUCAUGCAGAGCUUCCAUACGGCCGUUCGCGUGAUGGGUGGGAAUGACGGUAAAUCGCUUGCCCCCAUUGAUCCGGAUAGCCCUCCCCUAGAUGCAAACGUCCUCAUUUAUUCAGCUGAGUCACCUGAUUUCUGUCAGGCCAAUCAGAGGGCCGGUACAGAAGGCACACAGGGCCGUGUGUGUAACAGCACAGAGACAGGCCUGGGAGGCUGUGACCGCCUGUGCUGUGGUAAUGGAUUUGCAGAUUACACACUGGAACAUGAGGAAAACUGUCUGUGUCGGUUUCACUGGUGCUGUGAGGUUCAGUGCCAGAGAUGUACUGUGAGACAGGACAUCAGCCUGUGCUUGUGAAGUCCACUCGAGGAGAUUAGAUCUGUGAAAGACCUCUUUGAGCUAGACGGGCACUUUUGUUUUCUCUCCUUUACAGAGGAGCAUCAUCUGUGCAGAAGGAGGCAGCGACGUGUGAAAACAAGUCUGCUGGUUAUUGCAAACAAGACUGAGCAUUGUCUAAAAGUCAGUCUGCUUACAAGCACAUGUCAUGCUGCCACCUGCUGGUCCUUUAUUAAGAGAAACAAGUGGAUACAGAAAUAACUGAUUUUCUCCAGAGUUUUCAGAACAAUACCUGGGAAUAGACUGAGGUUGAAAUUUGAGACAAAAACGGCAUCUGAUAAACGUUGGCCACAUCAAAUAUCCGUAUUUUCUUGGUAUUUGAAAAUGAACCAAUUUCAGCACUGUCCAAGGUGCUGAAUCUCUCACUGAAUUGUUAUCUGGCAAACUUAAACACACAGUCAGUUUUUUGGGGUUUAUUUAUGAAUAAUUUGUCUAUAAUUUUACAUUUCCCAGCCAUUUCUCUUUUUCCGGACCAUAAAUGACCUGCAUUUGUUUGUUGCAAGACACUGAAAGGUAGUCUAAAAAAUGUGCUCCACAACUAAACGAAUUCAUUUGGUUCCCAUCAAAAUGUUAUUUAACAUUAUGAAUCAACCUAAAUAUUACGUUACACCAACCAACAAAUCUAAAUUUGAGGUUAUGAUCAAUGAAAUAUCGUUCCUUGUUAUAAUCGCUCUGACAUGUUUGUAGAGCCAGAAGGAUGCCAUUACACGUAAAUGAAUGAACAGUUUUCCAACUUUAUUUACGCCUCAUAUUCUCCGGUCUUAUCCAUGGCGACUCACACACGUAUGUGUGGGUGUCGCCUUCUGGCAUCUUCACAGACUCAAUGUAAUGGUUAUAUGGCUUUAUAUGGUAACAUUUGCAGGUUUACCCUAUUUUACAGUGCAACUCUAAACGUAAUGCACAACGCUAAUGUUAUAAGACUCUGUUUUAUGUUUGUCUAGAAAUGAAUGUCCACAAGGUGGAGCAUAAGCAUAUCAGUGCUGCUCAAAUGUCUGAGGCUACAGUAAGUAAUGCACCUGUACCACUAGAGGUUAAAAUGACCCUUUGUUUGUGUUAUGGUAUCUAUACCUAUUUAAAAACUUUCUACCAUCUGUUUUCCCCUAUUUUCUUGUUUUAGCUUUCUCUUUGCUUGACCGUUCUACCAGCUGUGCGACUUUGGGUAUUGAUUGUGUGUCUGCGUCUGUCAGAGAGAUGUACCCUGCAAGGUGACAGGUGGAACACAUACAUAUAGGCUAAUUAUGAUGUACAUUUGUUUCUAUUGCUGGUAAAAAUCCAGGAAUACU